ACUGUCCAAUGAAAAGUUGACAACUCCGAAUUUAACAAAAAAAUUCGGUUUCGAAUCAAAAUGAACACAUUUCUUUCUCGUUUAAACACUAUAUUUGCGUUUACUUUAACAGUACUCGCCGCUCUGACAUUCCUUUGUUUCCUAUCGACGCUUUUUAAAACUCAUCAAGCCCCACUUCACUUACAGACGAAGAAAGUUUUAGUUAAAAAUGUUCAAGACUUCAGCGUUUCUAAGGACAAGAAUGACUUGGGAUUCAUAACGUUUGACCUUGAAGGAGAUAUGAAAGGUAUCUUCAACUGGAAUGUAAAACAGUUAUUCCUGUAUUUAACAGCGGAGUACACUACAAAGAAUAACAAAUUUAACCAAGUUGUGAUUUGGGAUAAGAUCAUCUUGCGCGGAGAUAGUGCAGUUCUACACUAUCAUGGCAUGAACACCAAGUAUUACUUUUUUGAUGAUGGUCUUGGACUCAAGGGAAACAAGAAUGUCAGCCUCUAUUUAUCGUGGAAUGUUAUUCCAAAUGCUGGUAUUCUGCCACUAAUAAGCCAAGAGAACAAGUUUUAUUUCGACUUCCCAGAAGAGUACACUGUCAACAGGGGUGGCUUCGAUCAUUAAACUUGUUUAAACUGUUGGCAUUUUAAGUCCACAUGCCAUAAGCAUAAACACUUUGAAGUGUUACAAAGUCCAUUCAGAGUUUUCAUGGUAAAAAAAAAGAAGGUAGUAGGAACUUCAAGUAACACAAUUAUAACUUCAGUAAAAGCUCUUAUUUUGUGAAAAUAGGUUGAGCCCUAUAUUUAUAUGAUUAUACUGAUAUUGUCAUAUUUUGUUUGAUAUUUCCAUCUUUAACGGUGAAAGUUACUAAGCACUACAACUGAUUUUAUUUUGGAAUUCCCUUGAUCUUGCUUUUGUGUUUUUCAAAAGUCCAUCACAAUCUCAUUUGAUCAGAAUCCUUGAAGUUAUCCGAUGUUGUUACUGUAAUAUCAUGAAAUAUGUUACAUCCAAGCCCUUCAAAUAGUUUCACAACAAUGUACUGUAUCAGGAAGACCUUCUAAACAAAGUGAGGUGUUGAUGACUUCACAACAACUUAUUUGACUUAAAAUUAAAUAAAAAUGAAAAAGUAUCAAAAA